AGAAGCUCAGAGACAGUGUCCAGGCCCUGAGUUCAAGCCCAGGACUGGCCAGAAAAAAAAAAGCAUUUCAGAGCAUUGCUUUGUUUACAACUGGAAAUACCUGAAUUCAGUGAAUAUAGAUACAAGAUGUCUUAAGCACUAAUAACAUGUCCUCCUUAGGGUUUUCCCUCUGUUCUGUUUCCAAAAAGAAAGACUUACAAUCAGUGUGUGGACAACCUGUAUUUUCAAGCCACAUCAUCAGUGGCCAGGAUGCUGCUAUCAGACGCUGGUCUUGGCAAGUCAGCCUUCAUUUGGACAGGGCCCCCAUCUGCGGAGGGUCCCUCAUCAGUAAGAACUGGAUACUGACCGCCGCACACUGCCUACCAAAGACCUCAGCUUAUUCAUACACUGUUUGGCUGGGAUCCCUUAAAGCAGAUGCCUCAAAUAAAGGCAAGGUAUACUAUGUGUCCCGAAUCAUCGUCCACCCCAAAUACGAUGGCUCAAAUGCAGACAUUGCCUUGCUCAGACUGUCCUCCCAAGUCACCUUCUCUGCGGAGAUCCUACCCAUCUGCCUGCCCAGUACCUCAAAGCGGCUGAAGAUCCCAGCUUCUUGUUGGGUGACUGGAUGGGGACUAGUUAAGGAGAAUGCAGGUGAGAAUGGGCAGAGACAGAGGUUGUUUCCUACAUCAUCCUGGCUGUUUUACAUCUCUUUCCUGUCCCUGCAGGAAGCUGAAGUACCUGUCUUUACCCGCCAGGAGUGUGAACAACUCUAUAAUCCAAUCGGCAUCUUUCUGCCGGCAUUGGAAUCAGUCAUCAAGGAAGACAUGAUUUGUGCUGGUGAUAUUAUAAACAAGAAGGAUAGUUGUAAGGGUGACUCUGGAGGGCCGCUGUCCUGUCAUAUUGGUGGCAUUUGGAUUCAAAUAGGAGUGGUCAGCUGGGGAGUGCAAUGUGGUCAAAGGCUUCCUGGGGUCUAUACCAGUGUGUUCUACUAUUAAAAAUGGAUUAAUCAGGCUGGGAAGGUGGCUCAGUGGUAGAGCACUUGCCUUGCAUGCUCGAGGCCCUGGGUUCGA